CGGAUAACCACCAGGACCUACGAGGAUACAACAGGGCAAAGCCGGCACACCAUUACUCUUUUGAGAAGGUAUCUACGGGUACUACGGCCAUGGUUUUGCAGGAGAAGAAGCUGCAGCUGCAUGCAUGGAUAUGGUGAUUCGGUAGCUCUACGAAUAUCUCACCAUUAAUACCCCCUCUAACCCGGGGAGCCCUCGAGUAAGAUACCGUCACCUCUCUCUCAAAGCUUUCCAAUUCCAAUUGAAAUUCGUGCGUUCAAUUGUCGCCGAACUCUGGAUGCACGUUUCGUCGAAACCGCGUCGUCUUCUCAUCACACUCUCAGUCUCUCACAGAGGACAUCAUGAAGUUCUCCCAGAAGACAGCGGCCGUCUUGUCGGUGGCCUCUGUGGCCACUGCUUCAACCAAAUGCAAGCCCAAGCUCGAGUCGGAGAAGAUCCAAGCCGAUAUCAAGACUGAGAACCUCAUGUCGCACCUUGACGCCUUGAACACCAUCGCCUACGAGCAGGGCAACGGCAACCGCGCCUUCGGCCUCCCAGGCUACGCCGCCUCAGUCGACUACAUCUGGUCCCACAUCAACAACGUCACCGCCACCAAGGCCUGGAAGCAAGACUUCCCCGCCUGGUUCGGCUUCGUCGAGUCCAUCUCCUUCCAGGUCGACGACAACGAUUACUACAUCUACGGCCUGACCUACUCCCCCUCCACCCCCGCGGAGGGGCUCACCGCCGAGCUCGUCCUCGGACCCCCCGGCGAGGCGGGCUGCUACAGCCAGAACUACGACGGGCUGGACGUGAGGGGCAAGAUCGUCCUCACACAGCGCUUCCGCUGCCCGACGGGCGGCACCUUGGCUGGUCGUGUGCGCCCCGCUGCUGAGAAUGGCGCUGCCGCCGUCAUCAUCUAUCACGACCUCACCACCACCCCGACUGCUGGUUCCCUGGGCGAGGUUGACCUGGAGGGUUUCGUCCCUGCUGGGUUCAUCACCUUGGCUGACGGCGAGGCCCUCGUCGAGCGCAUCGAGGCGGGCGAGACGGUGGAGGCCUAUUUCCAGCAGACGCAGAUCGUCGAAGAGCGCAUCACGCAGAAUGUCAUUGUUGAGACGGAAGAGGGUGAUCCUCAUAACGUCAUUGUCCUCGGCGCCCACCUGGACAGCGUUCAAGCUGGUCCUGGUAUCAACGACGAUGGCUCCGGCACCAGCGCCAUCCUCGAAGUCUUCAAGGCCCUCCAAAACUACCGCUUCAAGAACAAGGUCCGCUUCAUCUGGUGGGGAGCCGAAGAAAACGGUCUCCUGGGAUCCAGGUACUACUGCACCCACCUCGAGCCCCACGAGAUCGAUGACAUCCUGGUCUAUCUCAACUUCGACAUGGUUGCCCGUGGCUACUUUGGCGUGAGCGACAACGACGGCCGCGCUCACGGGUCCGUCGCCCCCGCCGGCUCGGAGAUCAUCCAGGACAUUUACCACGGUUUUUUCGAGUCACUGGGCAUUGACGUUACCCCUGCCGUGCUUACCAACGGCUCGGAUUAUGCUUCCUUCUGGCAACACCUGAACAAGCCUUUCGGCUUCCUUCAUACCGGCACUGGUGUUGCGCAGGAUCCGUGCUACCAUCAGGAGUGCGAUACCAUUGAGAACCCGAAUCCGGAGACGCUGACCAUCAAUGCAAAGGCUGCUGCCCACCAACUCUCCAUUCUUGCCAUGAAGGGCCACGAACUCAUUCCCAAGACUCCUGUCAACGCCACCAUGCUGCCUCUCCUCCGCUCCCGUCACGUCGGGCCCGAGCUAGACGCUAUUUACUCCCUCGAGGCCCUUGGCGAGAGGCACUUGGGAUGCGGUCACGACCUGUAAAUGCGAUUCGGACAAUCCAAACAUACGAAAUGAUGAUACGGAAGGACACAAUCACAUAGCUAUUAUUAGCCAUGAUGGGAACGGAAAUAUUAAAAGAUGUCUGUACUGCGGAUAUACAAUGCGACACCAAAGAGCCCAAAUUCUUUCCCCAAGUCUUCCACAGCACGCAAACUGCGAAGUCCAGAAUCCAUGACUUAUGAUCAGAGCCUAGACAUAAUGGCUGGC